GCCACAUUAAUGGACAUCUGGUGCCUCCUCAUCAAUCACGAGAAGGAGCCCAUCGGAACACCCUCUGCAGUCCCUGUAUCUUCCAUGGACACGGUGGACCACUUGAGGAACAAGGUCAAGGCACAUUUUCAGCCUGCCCUUGACAGCAUCGCUGUCAAUGAGCUCGUAGUGUAGAAAUGCGUCGACCCGACCAUUACUUUUGAUGAUGAAGACCCCAAAACGUUGAAGGAUCAAGUCAACGAGG